CAGAGACUCAGAGGAUGGAAAUUUUCUUGCUCCUUCACUGUAGCUCUUGGACAUGCCUGUUUCAACCACUGCUCUUCCAACAAGUUUCUAUACCCAGUUUCUCUCAGACCAAUCGCUGAGAAGAAGCCCAAGUGCUAUUCGAUCGCUCUAUCCGCUCGAGAAACAGCCAGGAAUCAUUUCUCUUCUUGCAGGCAAACCUAAUGCAUCGACGUUCCCGUUCACUUCCUUUUCCUUUACUGCGCGGGCGCCAUCUUUAGAUCCAGCUCUACUGGGUCCAGCUGGUGGUCCACGAGAAACUGAUGUUCACGUCACUAUCACACCAGAAGAUUUGGCCAUUGGUUUGCAGUACGCGGACACUGCAGGGUUACCGGAAUUGUUGAGAUGGCUCGAGGGUUUACAGGAGAAGAUGCAUGGAAGGAGAGCGAGCGCGGAAGGUUGUAAAAUCAGUGUUGGCUCUGGAUCGCAGGACCUGAUUUACAAAGCUGUCAACUCAAUCGUAAAUCCAGGUGACCCGGUACUCGCAGAACGUCCAAUGUAUGCUGGUGUUAUACCCAUGUUCACCAAUAUCAAAUGCGAGAUUUUUGAGGUCGAGACAGACGCAGAGGGUAUUUCAUCAGAUUCCCUGCGCCAGAUUUUGGAGGCCUGGCCACAAGGGAAGCCCAAGCCCAAGGUCCUUUACACAGUGCCGUAUGGAUGUAAUCCGACAGGAAUGACCGCUUCUCUCGCACGUCGCAAAGAGGUCCUCAAACUCGCUCGGGAACAUAAUUUCAUCAUCAUUGAAGAUGAUCCGUAUUAUUACCUCUAUUACGGUACCGCUGAACGAGUCCCAUCGUAUUUUGCGCUAGAACUCGAAGAGCCGGAAGUAGGACGCGUCUUACGCUUCGACAGUUUGAGCAAAAUUUUGUCUUCUGGACUCAGAGUUGGAUUCGCAACGGGUCCGGAGAAGCUGGUCUCUGCGAUCGACGCCUAUACGAUGACCUCAAACCUACAAUCUUCUUCGCUCACUCAAGUCCUCACUCUCGGGCUGCUCAAACAGUGGGACUACGACGGUUUCUUCACCCAUACGAGGGGUGUCUCUGCGUUUUACGGGCAGAAACGGGACGUGUUCGAAGCUGCGAUGAACAGGCACCUCAAGGGGUUAUGUGAGUGGGUUGCCCCUCAGGCUGGAAUGUUCUAUUGGUUCAGGCUCAUCGUCCCAGACGAGGACUCCAACGCCAUCAUCCGCACAAAGGCCUUCGAGAAUGGUGUACUUGCGCUCCCUGGUACGGUCUUUCUUCCGAACGGGGGCAAGAGUGCGUAUGUUAGGGCAUCGUUUAGUUUAUUGACGCCGGAGGGUGUUGAAGAAGCACUGACGAGGUUGGCGAAGACUAUCAAGGAAGCGAGAGGAUUGUGAGCAAGCCGUAAGAAGCCCCAUGUAACUACAUAUAUGUAACUCAAUCAGUGGACGACAUACGCACCCUCAAGUUUCUUGCCGCUCCUUCUCCCUCGGGCACGCAAAUCCCC